AUGGCUGAUACCGACAGGCUCUUUGCUUCGUCGUCGCCCAACUACAACGGACGAGACUCUAGUCACCGGAUUACAACUGAGACGAUCGAAUACCUCCGGGCAAAUAACAUUACUAACAUUAUUAGCCUCAACGAAGAGGCCAAUUCCGACCAUAUCAUUCGAGCGCUCGCUGCCGCUAAUAUUGCCUAUACGCCCCUCCCCGUCAUGGACUAUCUUUCCCCCACCUUGCACGAGCUCGAACGCGGCUGGGAAAGCUUCCUACAACAUCGGAGUGGGACCCUUAUCUGGUGCGGCUACGGCUACGGCAGGACUGGGACCAUGAUAACCGCUCUGCAGAUGUACUCGCAGCAGCAGCGGUCAGAGUUUAGACCUUGGACGAGCGAUGACUACCGGAGCAACUUCGUCGAGAGUGAGUCGCAGAUUCAUACGCUGAACCAGCUGCAGAGCAGCAUUCAGCUGGGAUCCCACCAUGAGCCCAUGGACAUCGACGCUACUCAGCAAGAGGUCAAGUCGGAUAAGGACGAGCCUAUGGACGUCGACGACCAACAUACAGCAGGGGGCGCAAGACCCAAACUCAGACCGGUCGACCAGCCGCCAACAGUCCGUCAAGCAGCCAAUGAGCCCAUGGACGUCGACGACGAACAUAUAGCAGGGGGCGCGAGACUCGAACCCAGACCGGUCGACCAGCCGCCAACAGUCCGUCAAGCUGCCGACGAGCCGAUGGAGGUCGAUAGGCAAGUUGACGAUAGUAUGAUCGAGCGCCUGAGACUUGGCUCAUUUACGGGUCUUUCUUGCCCCGCCCUUCUUAACUUUGUACUGCAGCAGUAUGGCUCCUCCCCACGCAGGCGAUCUACGCCGAGCCUGUCCAUUGUAAUGCCUACAGCCCAGGCCUCUGCAACAGCCGAUUGUAUUACGGCCCGGCAAGCAUUGAUUCAGCAAGAGUCGCGAUCGCAUUGUCGAAAAAUUAAGAAUCUCGAGAUCGGUAUCAAAAUUGCCAAUGUAUUUACCGCCGGAACCUAUGAUACAAUCGGGGCUAUCGUAGUGGGCAAGUCCGGGACGGCCACCUUUGACGUUGUAGACAAUCCUUCAAAGGGAUUCCAGAGUUGGGUAUCCGUCGAUAUGAAGUCUGCAUUUGGAUCCGAUACCAUCGAUAUCGAUGAUGUUAGCAGCAUCAAGCUGACCGCCAGGGGAACUAUUGGCAUUAAACCCCCCAUAUUGAUUAAUGAUGAAUGGAAGGUACAAGGCGUUAUGUUGCGCGCCAAAUGCUCUAAAACGGGCUACGAGGCUUAUGAUGAUGCCUUUGUCUCCUUGAACUCGUGGUAUAACCAUCCCAGUAUCUGGAUUUUAAACCGCUUAAGAACCAAGACCGUUGUCUCGUUGCAAAUAGGCCCUGAGGAUUGGCAUGUUACACCUUGCGAAACUAUUAACAAGCUAGAGUAUGAGUUCAAGCUGGGCGACGAGUUUCUUGCCGGAACAUCCGAUUCAAUAUCCUUUACUCUCGGAGAGGAGCAAGGCAAGAACAUCGAGAUAGGGGGCAACAUUAACCGAGGAUUUAGCAGGACUGAUACCGUCAACCUUACCUAUGUCUUUGGUUCCGAUACAGUAGAAAUGCAUAGGGAAGGGGGGACCAGUGGUAUUUUCAAGUUUUGGUUUCCUACUCUAGGCAUUACCUUUACUGCAACCUGCGCAGGACUAAAACAGCAGAUGUACAUGACAAAGUUUGCAUCGGAAGAUGUCUGGCUCGGACAUGACCGUUAUAAGGAAGUUGUUUGGACCGGUGAUAUUGCAGCUACUGAUUGGCACCCAAAACAGUUUAUUCCUGACCCUCCGAAGCGAGUAAGAUGA